CUAUCUCUUCCCAAGUCACAUUCCUCAGGCAGUAACUAUCAGACAUUAGGGCAAGUUUAUUUUACACAGUGAUAAAUCCCAACAUCCCCAGAGUGACUCAGUCUGACCAUCUGCUGACAAGCAGGGAACUCUGAGCCUGCAGCCCCACCCCACACUCCAAGGAUUGCUGUGUCUCCGUGUUAGACUGGCAGUAGUGUUCAAUCUCUUGCUGACUGUACCACGUCGAUCCGGGGGGGAGAUUUAGCCAUGGCCACUAAGAAGCCUACAGAUGGCGGGCUCGGGCGCUUGGGCAGCGUGAAGAGCAUCACCUCUAUAAGAACAACACUGCUCUAUGACCUUGCGUCUAAGACCACUCCAAACUGUGAGGUAGGACUUCUGUCCCUCAAGCACCUGAUGCAGUUGCUGCCCGAGUAUGUGCACCUGGAAGGCAACACUCUCAUUUGCAAUAACCAACAUGGGGGCUUCAACCUCUUCAGCAAUGGCACCAUCAGCAUAGACGGGGAGUCUUUCCACAUCAACAACUACAUUCAGAGGAAAGUGGAACUGAAUAGCCACUUUGAUUACAAGGAUUACAGAGAAAGUAUCCUCAGCAAGCCAAUGUUGUUCCUGAUAAAUGCUAAAAAGAUAAACAACAGUUCUGCCUCAGAAAAAACCUUUGCCCUCAUUGUGAACACCCGGCACCCUAAAAUAAAGGCACAAUUCGAGGGUGGAAUGAACAAUGUGAUAUCAUCAGUAUUUGGAGAAAACUACCAACUGCAGUUCGACUUAAAAAAUAUGGUCACUCAAUAUCUAGCAAGUCAGAAGUUUGUAUUAACAGAAAAGGACGGCCUGAGCUUCUGCUUUACGUUCAAAGUGGACGUGUUCCUGGAUAUUUUUCACUUGUUGGGACUGAGUAAAAAGACUUGCCAGGUGAACAGCAACAUAACCAGCCUGCACUGCACCAAACCUGAAAAGCAAGAAACAGUGAAAAUGAUUCUGGCAAAAAUGUCCAGCCCCUUAAUAAAACUGGGGGGCUCUACUGAUCGCAGACCCAGUUUAUAUUCUCUAAAUGUAUGUGACGAAGAUCCAUUUGAAGUAUGCACAGACAACUUCCAUGAAACCUCUCCAGUAUCUCCUCUAACACCAUAAAGCCAAGCAGCAAUGACAAAAUGAUUCCAGCACUUGGAAGGAGAAUGAGACUCUCUUCAGCUGUACAGUUUUAGUACAUAUUUAUACUAUGGUAGAACUUUAUUUUAUCGGCCAGCUAAACAAACAUAUAGUACUAGCACUUCCAGGUGAUCCACAUGAAAGUUAAUGAUGGUGGUUUCCCCGUGUGCCAUUGCCCUCAGGGCUAACAUAACGCCAGUGAUUUUGUUGUCAAGUUCCAAAAAUCAGAUUUGCAAAGCGAUCACCUGGACUUGUGGGUGCACUUGUGUCUGAAAAGUUGGUUUAUUUCUGCUUGUUGCACUGUUUCUAUUUAUUGUAUUUUGCAUUAAUAAAUUGUACUGCUUUUUUUAAAAAAAA